AUGGAUUCUCUAUUGACGAUGAAUGAGAGAGGAGGGGAGGGUUUACUCACGCUGUUCGCACUCCCGCCCAGUGCCUCUGAUAACAUUAUGCAGAAUAUGGGCAUUUGUAGUUUACUGCAGGGGAAUAAUAAUAACAGUAAUAAUAAUAAUAAUAAUCACCAGAAGGACAAUGCGAAGGCCAGUCACACCAGUGAUACGAACAGCAACAGCAACAGUGUUCUCCAGCACACCAGCAGCAGUAUUAUCAACAGUAGCAGCAACAGCAGCAGCCGGCGAAUGGGGGAGAGUGCGGGCAGCGGCCUGCUGGACACGCACUUCAAUGUGUUGAGUGCCGACAAGAGUGAAACGCUUUCCAUUCCACCGGAGUUGAUUGAACCAACCGCCGGGUCCCGCAAUUACGUGGCGAAGAAUCACAACACCAGCGCCCCCACCUUCUCCUUCUAUUUAUGCAAAAUGUACACAAGCAACUCCACCUGCACACACGGGGCCCUCUGCGACUUUAUUCACAGUCGCCACAUGUUAACAGAAGCCCCAUUGGAUGAGAGACGUGUGAAAGUUAUUCGCGUGCAUUGGUCCACACCCGUCCCUUCACUGCAAGAGGCACUGUAUGAAAGACACGAACCCGGAUUUGUCUUUCACAUCAAUAACAGCAACAGCAAUAAUAACAGUAAUCAUAAUAAUAAUAACAACAGUAAUAACAGUACAGUCAACAUUCCACGUCGACUCGCAUCGGAGCAUGUGUACAAAACGAAAGGGAGUGAAGAUGCCCAGCGGAGUGGAUCGAUGAAACUCCUGCGACUCUGCAAACACUACGAACGUGAGAAGUGUGCACGGGGGCGGAUGUGCAACUUUAUUCACCGUGUGCAUUUAACCCCAUCGCAGUCUUCUCUGCACACAGCCGCAGCCCGCAAUGCACACCGGGGCCACACGGCUGGAGUCCCACACACAAUGACAGGGACAUUCACGCAAUCGCAACAACGACCGGCUGUCAUUUCAUUUCCAAAUCCCAACGGCAACAGACUCAUCAUACCACCACCCUCCUUUCAGUUACCACAACAACAGCAACAACAACAACCUCAAUCUCAUCAUCAACAACAAUCUCAACAACAACAGCAACAACAGUCAUCGCCGAUGUUUGCUCAACCUCGUGGGUAUUCUUUUGGUCCAAUCUAUACAUCCCAACAAACGUCGUACGUAAAUAACCCGUCAGCAGCGGGAAGCUCAACGUCGUCGCUUCCAUCCCUGCCCAUGCAGAGCCGGACCACAUAUUACCCUUCCCAUCAGCAGCGGCAGCAUGAUCCACAGCAGCAUGUUAUCUCAGAUGUCCAGAGGCAGUCCAUGUUAUCUAUAUCUACUCCACCCGAUUGCUUUCUCUCACCCCUGCUGUUCACCUUCAUGUAA